AUGAGUGAUAUUAUAACAGUUAAAGCACCUGUUAACAUAGCUGUUAUUAAAUAUUGGGGCAAACGAGACGAGGAUUUAAUUUUACCGUUAAAUGAUUCCGUUAGUGCUACUUUGGAUACGAGUAUUAUGUGCGCGAAAACAUCGGUCUGUGCAAGACCAGAAUUUAAAGAAAAUGAAAUAUGGUUGAACGGAAAAAAGGAAACAUUUCAGAGUCCGCGACUACAAAAUUGCCUAAAAGAAAUAAAAUCCAGAGCUGCGGCGGAAAACAGCGUCAAUGAAGAUUUUCUACAAUGGAAAGUACGUGUGUGUUCGGAAAAUAAUUUUCCUACUGCCGCAGGAUUGGCGUCUUCCGCAGCUGGAUAUGCAUGCCUUGUGACAGCUCUGGCUAAACUUUAUAAAGUCAAGUCUGAUGUUAGCUCUAUUGCCCGGUUGGGAUCAGGCAGUGCCUGCCGCAGUGUAUAUGGAGGCUUCGUUAGAUGGCAUGCAGGUACUAAUCCAGAUGGUACAGAUUCAGUAGCUUCUCAAAUCGAAGGUUCUGCACACUGGCCCGAAAUGCACGCCUUAAUCCUAGUUGUAGGCGAUACUAAAAAGAAAACUAGUUCCACUACUGGUAUGAGAAUAUCAACACAAACUUCUGAGUUAUUAAAACAUAGAAUUAAGUAUUGUGUGCCACAGAGGACUGACGAGAUUAUUCAGGCAAUCAAACAGAAAGAUUUUCCAAAAUUUGCUGAAAUAACUAUGAAGGACAGCAAUCAGUUUCAUGCAGUGUGUUUGGAUUCCUAUCCACCAUUUGUGUACAUGACAGAUGUAUCUCACCUAAUUGUUGAUUUAAUACACAAGUACAAUGAGCUCUCUGGAAGCACAAAAGUUGCUUACACUUUUGAUGCUGGACCAAAUGCUUGUCUGUACCUCCUUGAGGAAGAGGUACCACAAGUGUUAUCUUUUAUAAGACAUGUAUUCCCUUCCUCUAACCCAGAGCUAUUUGUAACUGGCUUAAAAACAAAUGAAGUUACAUUAAAUCCAGAGUUAAAGAAUAUUUGUGAGCCUCAAGCAAAAGAUUUGAUAAAAUAUGUUAUACAUACUAAAGUUGGAGAAGGACCCACAGAAGUUACAGAUGGAUCACAUCUUUUGAAUGAUACUGGGUUACCAAAGAUUGAAUAA